CUGCCACAAGAGGAGAGAUGUGAUGACCCUUGCGCCCCGCGCCAGCAUCUCCCACAUGUGCCUGAUGGGGACGUUGGGGGCGUUGGCAGGCUGGUGGUUCUCCCCGGCCUCCACUCACACCCGUGUCAGGCGUGCAGGCGUGCAGCGCGUGGUGGAGCGGUGGAGCGGUGGAGCUGGGCCGUCGUCGGCUGUGGAACUGCUGUGGUGGAGCUGGUGGAGCCGGCCAUCUUGGUCGGGGAAUUUUCAUCAUCACAACACGAAGCGAAGGCCAGAGCAACGCCCGAUGGCACGUCCUGACUCUGGCCUCUCACCCUUUGAACCCUUUUUCGACGUCGUGCGGUCUCUCUCCCGGUGGGCCCGCACAAAAGUCUACUGUGAAGGUUACCGGUUCUCAUGGCACCGGCUGCCCCCGGCGGCUGUGGUCGUCUGGUUGUUGUUCGGACGCAUACAACGGCGCUCGUCACUUCCAGGCUGGGGCAACGUCAUGUUUCCCCCGACUGCGACCUUGUUAGUCGUGAGGCUCGGGAGAGGCUGCCAGCCAGGGGCCUCACCAUCGCGCUUGGCAGCCGCCAUUUGUUUCGACUGGCUGUCAAAGCGCAAAUGUCGGUUCUUGCCCGAUCAGUGAUCGCAUCUGUCUCUUACAGCUCCCUGCCAGCCAGCCAGCCCGGCCUGGCCUGUCUGCCAGUCCUCCCCACUUUCUCCCGCGCACCAGAAGCAGAUGCUGGGCCAGGCACGCCAAUGAGGAACAGUCAGGCAAUCAGGUACCGGGGAUCACCUCCUAGUGCGUGAAAGGGCCCAGCAGAUGCCAACCAGCCUAGCCGGCAUCCACCUACUAUGCGGGCCAGUUGGCGCUGUCACACAAUGUCCUGCCUGGCGAUUUGGCCUCGGAAUAGCAUCCUCGGCGGUGGCUGCUCCCCCUCCGAGUCGCCACAGCUCGAUCACUCUCGGGAAGUCAAGGAGCAGAUCGAACUGUAUCGCCCCUUGGCCUGACCCGCCCUGCUUUCUCGGCCCAACCUUGCGGCAGCGCUACUGUUGUCAGGACCGUGCCGCGGCCCAGAGAUGGGCUUUUUGCUUUUCCUCUACCGUGGUACACACAGCUGCUCCGAGCGCGACGCCUCCACCACGACAUUGGCACCCGGCGCCCAAGGGACCAAGCCUUGCAAGCCUCUCAGGGAGCGCGGGGCAGCGGGGACGAUGGGAGGGGGCCCACCUCGCCGGUGCCAUGGGGGCGCUGCACUGCUUCACGGGCUAGUCGUCCGGGGAGCUCGUCGGAGCCGGGGAUAUCCUUACCCUCAGAGAUGCAGGCCUCCUCGCUCGUCAAUGCUACCAUGCUACAUAAUGCCCAUGAGAUGCCCUCCAUCGUUUCAGCCCUCUUUCUGAUACAGUUCUGUCUGAACCAUCUCUUGAGGCAUCCAGCAGCCUGUCCGUCGCUCUCACACCCCCUCGGACCUGACCGCUCGCGCGCUGUUGUGCUCCCUACCUAGGUACCUAGGCCGCAUUGCGCUCCAUUGACCAGCCCGCCCGUCUCGUCCCAGUGCAAUUUCCAAGCCCAGGUCCAGGCCGCAUUAGCCUCGCAUAUCUCUGUAUUCUCCUGCCCUCUUUGCCCGGGGUCGGAUCCGGCGCCACCAGCCAGCGCCGUGCCGAGAGACAUGUGCGUGAAGGCCCGCUGGUAGUCCACUACUACUUCGUCCUAUCAUCUCUGCGUCGAUCGAAACAACCACACUGCCCACUCCAGACGGCCCAAGAGGAAUCCUCGGCCUUGGUCCCCCAAUCCCCAAGACAUCCCCGACUUGUGCCAUUCCUGGUGUCUGGCGCUCGUCCUCCUGCACAACUCCGUCCCACUUCUCACGGACUCUGGCUCCUGGAUCCUUCAACUUGCAUCUCACCACCGAUCUGUGGGGUUAUCUGUUUCUGGCCUAUAGCUCACUCACGAAUGAUCGCCCGUCAACGACAAGUACGGUCAGUUUCAGUGCACUCAUUCGCCGCUCAUACUCCGUCGAUCGCGCACGCCCCUGCUUGAGACGUACCUUGGACCGGCGACGGCACGCCAUCACCGCGAACUGCCGUUGUUCAACUCGAGGCGUGGCCCCCAUCUGUCAGAGCCGGGAAAUAUAUACAAUCCCUUGCCGUGCCAACGCUAUAUCCUCCUUGUUAAGUACUGGCUGGAGACCCGAGCACUUGGAUAUUGCAGAGUCCGGCCAAUCUACCUGGGAGUUAUCCUGUGCUGCUCUCAGACCGAAAAAACACAUCUCAACGUCACCCGCUUGGACGCGGUAACCCGUCAUCAUGGUUUAUUGUGGGAAGCCCUCAAGGGGCUGUCAGAUGUGCCGUACAAGAAGGAUAAAGUGUGACGAGGCAAAGCCGACAUGCAACCAGUGUGCCAAGUCACGACGGCAGUGUCCUGGCUACAAGGACGAGUUCGACCUGGUGUUCCGCAAUGAGACCAAGGCCACCGAGAGGCGGGCGCAGAAAGCCAACAGGAAGGGCUCGGUCGCCUCGUCGUCGUCGGACAGGAGCAGCAUGGUCGGCUCCCCGUCGUCGAUCGAGUCGCUGUCGCCCAUCGCCAAGGAGUUUGUCCGGUCACCGAGCGGCGAGAGCAUCUCGCCACUACUCAGCAUCCCCACCGACCAGUUGGCCUCAUGCCACUUCUUUUCCAACUUCAUCCUCGUGCCGCGGCAGGGCAGCACCAGGGGGUUCAUGGACUACCUGCUGCCCCUCAUGAAGUCGGAAAACCAGAACAGCCACCUCCAGCACGCGUUCAACGCCUGCUCUCUGGCCCACCUUGGCAACCGUGUGAGGUCAACCUCUGAGGAUAUCCCGGACAAGGCGCUGUCAGAGUACACCAAGGCCUUGGCGGCAACACACACGGCGUUGAAGGACCCAGAGGCCUCGAAGACGGACGGCACGCUGGCGGCGGUGCUACUGCUGGGGCUGUAUGAGAACAUAACGGCAAAGGAGAUGGGCAUGUUCUCCUGGGGCUCACACAUCGAGGGGGCCAUCUCGCUCGUGAAGCAGCGCGGGCGCAAGCAGCUGCGGACCAAGACGGGGCUGCUCCUGUUCAUCGCGGUGCGCACGCAGAUGAUCAUCCACACGCUGACGUCGGGCAAGGCGCCCAUCAUGGGGGUGGACUGGUGGAUCAGCGACGCGGUCAAGGACUCGAGCGCGGCCGAGUGCCAGAAGAUCAACAUCAAGACGUCGGAGCUGCGGGCCGAGGUGACGAGGCUGAUGACGACGGUGUCGCGGACGCCCGAGAACAUCGAGCUGAUGCUGACGCUGAUCCGGCGGGCGCAGACGGUGGACCGCGAGUGCGUGCAGUGGAUGAAGAACGUGCCCGACAGCUGGGCGUACAAGUCGGUGGCGUGGGAGGACAGCGUGCCCAGCGGCGACUUCAGCAGGGCCGAGGUGUUCCCGGGCCGCGUCGACGUCUACCGCGACUUCUACAUCGCCAGCGUGUGGAACAUGGUGCGCGUGACCCGGCUCGUGCUGGCAUCCGUCAUCGUGCGCUGCGCCGCCUGGGUGUGCUCGCCCGUCGACUACCGCACCACGCCCGAGUACGCCACCGCCGCGAGGACCUGCGUCGACACCAUCACCGACAUCAUCGCCAGCGUGCCGUACCACCUCGGCUGGCACCUCAAGCCCGAGCGGAAGCACCUCCUCGAGAAGCAGCUGAGCGGCUUCGCGUGCGGCGACGACGACUCGCUCAAGGGGCUGGCCGGGUACUUCCUCACCUGGCCGCUGGGCUGCGUCCAGAGCCAGGACUACACGACCGACGCGCAGAGGAGCUGGCUGAAGGGGAGGCUCAAGUACAUCGCCGACGAGCUGGGCGUGAAAUACGCACACAUCCUGUGCCAGCUCAACGUGCGCAUACCCUCCAUGCUGAUCCGCAGGGACGGGCUCAUGGCGCAGCCGUACCCCAUGGCCCACAACUUUGUCAAGCUCAUGUCGGCCCGGUACGCGCCCCCGACAGCCGGCUACACGAUGAACCCGCUGCAGCAGCGCGAGGCCAUGAUGAAGGAGCAGUUUGAGAGCAAGCGCAAGGAGCUCCUCCAGAACGCCACCAACAACACGGGCGGCGGGGUCGAGUAUGUGGCCAAGAGCUGGCUGAGCGUCUGACGAGGGCCAAACCGCCUCGGUGUCUACGAUGUUCGAUAUGUGUACCCUGGAUGACCUCAUGGGGCUGUUUUGGGUGUGUGAGGUAGUUCUGUUCUGAUGCAUGUCUCACGGCAUUUCUUCUUCUUGCACGGCCUGGUUUUGGAGUAAGUUUUGUUCUUUCCCCGCCCCGGACGAGGGAGCAUCUCAAAUGUCCUUGAGGACGCCCGUGGUGGGAGAGUUCCCCGUCGGUACCCACGAAGGGCUCACACUAGAGGGCGGGCAUACUCUACGCGGGUGAACCGUUCCUGAGAGCAACUGCUAGGCUAGCCUUGGAGGGCAGGCAGGAUGAAGGAGAACCCCUGGGAAACCGUCUGCAUAUGGGUUGGAGUUGCUUUGGGCUCACGUAGUCGGUCUUUGUCCUUGAAUGAAUGACCGCUCGAUCCACAAAUAAAUACAUGUAGUGUUGUUGGCUGCAUCUGCCGUCCCACACAGGAGUCAGGCACGGGGGAUUCACACAGAUCGAUCUCGUCUGUAACACUCAAUGUCUUAUCCCCAAGGUUUGGGAGUUAAACGCACACUAGCACCGACGAGCUUCCAAAGCACGGCACUAGCAGUCGUGGGCGAGUGGAUAAGGCACUCGCGCCUAUGCUCCGUUCCCGCAGUGAAGCCCCGUAGGCUCAUGACUACUCCGAUUCGGGCUUGUGACUACUCCAGGAAACACAUCGUGAAAUCAUCGAGACCAGUUUCCAAACGGGCCGGCCUGCAUUGCUCCUCAACUGGAUUCUCCAUCCUGCAAGACGUCCAAAACACCCAUUUGGACGUUGGGUAGCCGCACCGCCGUGAGAUUCCGAGGGACCGCCCCUGGACAUCAAAGACGGGUCUCCAGUGCCCGUCUCAUUUGUUCUUCUUGCCAGACUUGUCCGACGACAAGUUCCAGGCAUUGACGACCCAGCGCUGGGUGGCAUCGACCUCCCUCUCGUUCUCGACAUGCUUAAGGCCGACCUUUACGCCAUCCUUGGUCCAGACGACGUUCUUCUUGCCCAUGCGCUCCGACACACUCCCGCUCAUCUUGUUGGCGCUCUGAUAGACGUGGUAGCCCACGAAGACGAGGACAGCCACGACGACGAAGAGGAUGACCAGAGGGAGCAGCUGGCUGUGGUUGUGCAGUCGGGGCACAGGUUAGCUUUUGGGCAAUGUGACGUGUGACGGACGAGGCUGGGCGGUGGGGGCGAGAGUGACUUGCCCAAGCAACGAAGGGGGAGGCUUUGGCUUUGACUUUCCCCAGGCCAUGAUACCCCGGUGCGCUGUUCAAUGGGCUGGUGCUGGCUGGGAUUGACUCGAGAGGUUCGGCCUGCGGUCCAGGUUCCCCCCGUGGCUCCGUACAGCGGAUGCACAGUUGCCCAGGUGUCAAAUGUGGGUUUCGGAGAGGAUCGCCAGGGGAUCGGACAGCGACGAGGACCCGAGGGACGGCGUUCCGAUUCGACUGAUGGAGAAAGGUGAUGGAUCCACCAAGCAGCAGCUGCUGCAACAACAACAACAACAACAACAACAACGGCGGCGGCGGCGGCGGCGGCGGCAGUGACAACAACAAGCUUCUCACAGAGACUCGGCAACGACUCCUACGAGGCAGGAUUGAAUAUUCAGCACUUGAGGGUGCCCAGGGCCGACCAAGGUACGGGAACUGUCUUGGAUGCUGUGUCCUCGGAACUUUAGAAAGCAGAACCGCAUCGACAGGGAGCAAGCCUGCCUUAAGUAAAUAGCUGCUGUUCUUCUAUGGUACCAAGGCCUGUCACACGGCUAGUCGGCUCAGGGCGCCCAGUG